AUGGCGCGCUUUGGAGACGAGGUGCCGGCCAGGUAUGGCGGCGGUGGUGCGGGAGGCCGCGGUGGCAGCAGGCAAGGAGGACCGCACGGGCACGGUCACGGACACGGACAUGGCCACGGCAUGCACGGACACGGGAUGCACGGCCACGGGCCCCCCGGAGGCCCCGGGGGCCAGAGAGUGUACAAACAGUCUAUGGCGCAAAGAGCGCGGACUAUGGCCCUGUAUAAUCCCAUCCCCGUGCGUCAGAACUGUUUCACUGUCAACCGCUCCCUCUUCAUCUUUAGUGAAGACAACUUUGUGAGAAAAUACGCCAAAAAGAUCACCGAAUGGCCAUAUCCUUUUCACUGA